CGGUGUGGCUCGUUCGCGCCGCAGCCGCCAUUGUUCCGCCCAGGGAGGACAGCGGGUCCUGGCGCUGGCGCUGGCGCCGAGACGCCGCUUAGCGGCCGGCACUGGAGACGCUCGCUGCCGUCUCCCCAUCUCGUGGCGGCGGCGAAGAGGAGACUGACUUGGGGGAACCCGGGAGCCCCCUCUGCCCUCCCCGCGGCGGCAGCGGCCGAUCCCUGGCUGCGGCGCGAGGGGCGGCCGCGAUGCGCUCGGCGGCCUGAGGCUCUCCGGCCGGUGCCUUCCUCGCUUCCCCCUCGACUCUUCCAACGGCGUCCCUGCGCGCCCCGGCGUCAUCCUGCAAGUCCCUCUGCCAGGGAGGGAAGAUGGCUGCACGGAGCUGGCAGGACGAGCUGGCCCAGCAGGCCGAGGAGGGCUCGGCCCGGCUACGGGAAAUGCUCUCGGCCGCCGUCGGCUUCCUGCGCACCGAACUGGGCCUCGACCUGGGCCUGGAGCCCAAGCGGUACCCGGGCUGGGUGAUCCUGGUGGGCACGGGCGCGCUCGGGCUGCUGCUGCUCCUGCUGCUGGGCUACGGCUGGGCCGCGGCUUGCGCGGGCGCCCGCAAGAAGCGGAGGAACCCGCCCCGCAAGCGGGAGGAGGCGACGGCCACGCCGGCCUCGACCCCUGACGACCCCGCCUCGCUCAAGAACCUCAAAGGCGAGGAGCCCAAGAAGAAGAACCGGAAGAAACUGCCCGAGAAGCCCAAACCAAAUGGACGGACUGUUGACGUGGCUGAGGAUGACGUGGUCCGCACUCCUCGAAGUGUAACAGCAAAACAGCCGCCAGAGACAGACAAGAAAAAUGAGAAGUCAAAGAAAAAUAAGAAGAAAUCAAAGUCAGAUGCUAAAGCAGUGCAAAACAGUUCUCGCCAUGAUGGAAAGGAAGUUGAUGAAGGAGCCUGGGAAACUAAAAUUAGUCACAGAGAGAAACGACAGCAGCGUAAACGUGAUAAAGUGGUGACUGAUUCUGGUUCAUUGGAUUCAACUAUCCCUGGGAUAGAAAAUACCAUCACAGUUCCCACCGAGCAACUUACAACUGCAUCAUUUCCUGUUGGUUCCAAGAAGAAUAAAGGUGAUUCUCAUCUAAAUGUUCAAGUUAGCAACUUUAAGUCUGGAAAAGGAGAUUCCACACUUCAGGUUUCUUCAGGGUUGAAUGAAAACCUCACUGUCAAUGGAGGAGGCUGGAAUGAAAAGUCUGUAAAACUUUCCUCACAGAUGAGUGCAGGUGAGGAGAAGUGGAAUUCUGUUCCAUCUGCUACUGCAGGCAAGAGGAAAGCUGAGCCAUCUGCUUGGAAUCAGGACCCUGGAGAUAACAGUACAAAUGGAAAAGACUGGGGAAGGAACUGGAGUGAACGUUCAAUAUUUUCUGGCAUUGCUGCUUGGUCUAGUGUGGAUAGGGGGAUGAAUACUUCUGAACAGAAUUCUGCUUCUUUUGCAUCUCUCACACUUAACUCUGCUGUUUCUGGGUCAGCCGCUGAGCCAGGUCCUCAGUCUGCUGCUUCUGAUUAUCAGUGGGAUAUUAGCCGUAAUCAACCCUAUGUCGACGAUGAAUGGUCUGGGUUAAAUGGUCUGUCCUCUGCUGAUCCCAGCUCUGAUUGGAAUGCACCAGCAGAAGAAUGGGGGAACUGGGUAGAUGAAGAAAGAGCUUCACUUCUGAAGUCCCAAGAGGCAGUUCCUGAUGAUCAAAAGAUUUCAGAUGAUGAUAAAGAAAAGGGAGAGGGAGCUCUUCCAUCUGGGAAAUCUAAAAAGAAAAAAAAGAAAAAGAAGAAGCAAGGUGAAGAGAACUCUCCUGCACAGGACACAGAAGAAUUAGAAAAAGAAAUCAGAGAAGAGCUUCCAGUGAAUACCUCGAAAUCCCGUCCGAAACAGGAAAAAGCUUUUUCCUCAAAGACCAUAAGCACUAGUGAUGCACCUGAAGUACUCCUCAAAAACAGCCAGCCUAUCAAGACUCUUCCACCUGCUGUUUCUGCCGAGCCAUCUGUUAGCUUAUCAACAAAUGAUUCUGACAAGAGUUCUUCCCAAGUGCCAGAGACAGAUAAAUCCAAGUCAAACACCAAGCAAAACAGUGUGCCUCCUUCUCAGACCAAGUCUGAAACUAACUGGGAAUCUCCCAAACAAAUAAAAAAGAAGAAAAAAGCCAGGCGGGAAACGUGAUUUUUUUUUUUCCUAUAUUGGACACGUGUUUGCAAACACUGUCUUGAAGAUUAUGCUGUUUAUGCAAUAAUUUGUGAACAUGUACAGAGUUUUAUAUAAAUUUAAACCAGUUUUUAAAACAAAACUGUGAACACAACCACCGUAAAAAUGGAAUCAAAGCAAAGCUAAUUUAUGAAAUUAAGAGGUCAUCAGAAUAUUUUACACACAGUGCUUGAAGACACUUGGGAAGGUCUUUCCAUUGAACAAGAGCGAUCUUAAUUUAAGAAUAUUAUCCUGGUUUUACAACAGUGCCCUGUUUACAACGGAUUGUGCCCUGGCUCCUCUGCAGCUGAGAAAUAACGGAUUCUGAUUAGAGAAAGGAUCGCCUUCAAAUGGCAGGCGACUCCUUGGAUCUUAUGCACGAACUUAUACCAUUUGAAUCUGUUUUAUGCUUAAAUCAAAGUGCUUUGAUCAAAUGCAUAAUCUGCCAUAUCUUUACAUAUUUGUUGGUAGCAAUUUGUAUUAAAAGAAUCACAAGUGCAAAUAAAAAGUCAUGUAUCAUUUAUUUAACUAAACUGUCAUGGUUUAGUUUGCAGUUUUUAAUUCAAGAGGUUGAAAAUGCAGUUGACACUUGUAUGACUUAUGAAGUUAUUUUUGAUAGUUUUGCGUUACUUGAAUUGUUCAAAGUAGAGUAUGUUUUAAGAAAGGUAAACUAUGUAUUUCUUUUAUAUACAUUUAAGGUUCAGACUCUUAAAAUAAUGCUAUUGUUGAUGAUUUGAAAACUUUCAGGCAAAAUUCAACUUACGUUUUUCCUUUCCCUAGCAAUUGCUUUUUUCCAGCAUCAUCUCUCAGUUCCUAGUAACUUUUUUUACUGUAAAAUUGAAGUCAUUCACAAACUUUGAGUCUAUGAUGGAGAAUGAAACCUAGAGUCAGACAGCUUUAAUUGACAUUGUCAAGACCUCCAGUUAUCAGGAAGACAUUUUUUUACUGCCUUAACCUGUAGUACAUAGAAUAUGCAUCAAUUCUUGAAGAGGAUUUGUGUUUUUAUAAGAAUUUUCAUGUAAUUAUUGCAAUUGUGGUCAAAUAAGGAACGUUUCCUGCUUGAACUGUAUUGAUUUACAUGACAUGUGAGAUGUUCCACCAUUUUCAGGCACUGUGUAAUUCUAUUGUAAUAACCUGGCAGGUAUCUUUGUAACUAUAAAUAGUGCAUGCUCAGCCAUGUACACUGUAAAUAGCCUUUACCAAACGUGUUUGACAAGGACCAUAAUUAACAUCACUUAGUGACUUGUGGUAAAGAGAAAAGCCAUGAUUUAUUUGAUGUGAUUGGCUUACCUGUUUAUACGUGGCGCCAAGAAUGGACCUGUUAACAGCUGUAACCAAUGGUACUGAUCUUCCUUUCCAGCGUUGUCUCUACUUGAUUGUGGUAUUGCAUUGUCAGACUUAGGAAAGCUACAGACACAGAAUGGUUUAGUUUUUCUGAAGACGGGCCUUAUUCAUGGACGGCUUUCCUAUCAAGUGGUUAACUUUUAUCAGGUGUUAACAUCUGUUUCAGGAACGUGACAGUAUGUUUACAUGUCAGAGGUUUUGUUUAAUUUUAUGGAAUUUUUAAAUCAGUUUGUUUAAAUAAAUUCAGCAAAUGGAUAGUAUUGUUUUAUUGGCUUCAAUACAGGGGAAAAUGAUAGCUGGAGUGCCAGGAAAGAAUGUCUUCAAAGGAUUUCAUUCUGGUAGCUUUAUAUAGAUGCUUCUUAAAUAGAUCUGAGGAUCCCUGAGUUGGGAAGGUAUCACAAAGGAGAAUUUAAUAAAAUUCUGUGAUUUUAGAAUGUGCCAAAAGAUUUAUGAUCAGAAAUUGAAUUGAACUCUCUCAACUCUACCUCACCAUUUCUUUAUGUUCAGAUUCUGUCAGCUGUAUUCCUCCAGCUUGGUUAGCUCCCCAUUCAGCCACCUGUGCCAGGUGUGCAUGACAGCGUGGUUUCAGGAAAGCUGUGUUGUGGGGAUGGAGAAGCACAUUGCUGAAUCUGGGGUGGAUCCAGAAAGGUGGUGUCGCUGUCCCUGGCUCAAAGCUAAGGAGGGCGUGGAUUAUUUCCAGAGGUGGCAGCUAUAUGAGUGAUAAAAUUAGUCCCAUUCCCUUUUCCAUGCUUGAGAUAACAAAACUCUUGAACAAUUCUGAACCAUUCCUCAUUCUUCAGGAAUCUUUCUGUAACAUCAAAGCAGUUUCUGACAUCUGCCAGAGGACCUACCUCUUUCCCUCCUCUCGGAAGGCACCGUGCUGUGCUGACAUAGCCAGGGGCUGACUGACCCUUCACACUGUGUCGGGCCUGGGAGAGGGACCUUGUUACUGUUUAUUAGCAAGCCUUCUAGAGGAACCACUCAGAAGGGAGGCUGCUGAACCUUGGCUGUCUUCCACAUGCUUGGUGAAAACCCUGCCCCGCGCUGAAGUGGGAUAUGCUGGUUGAAGAGAUCUCCAGACUGGAAUCCUACCUUCUUGUAUGCUGUAUUGAACAAAACAACAGUUGAGAGAGUCCAAAAAAAAAAUAGAAAAAAGGCAUUGAAUGAAAAUGUGAUUCCUGUAAUUUCAUGUUUACUUUGUGCAUGCGUUUUUCUGGGAAAGGGAAGUCAAAGUAAUUGACCCAGCUCAGCAGGUAUUAUUUAUUUCAUAGGUGAAUCCGAUUUGUAUUUACCUUAAAGUUACCGAAGGGCAAUAUUUAACAACAGAGCUUAGUUUUUCGUAAAUAAAACAGCCCUCUAUUAAAACAGCGUGAAAUAUCUCAAAAUUUAGAAUUUAGUUUUUAAGAUGUCUAAUAGAUGUCUUAAGAUCUUCCUGUAAACUCAUUGCACAAACUGGAAUUACUUUCCAAGGACUUAGGGAAUGCAAAGAUGUUCUUUGUAAGAUGCAUUGAAUAUUGUAAAUAAAACAAACCAUUUUUGUUUUGUUUAA